UCUAAAGAGGUGAUAUUUCACAAUGAGGCGUGCUGCAGCUUUUCUGGCGUUGCUGCUCUGUCUGUACUGGACGGGGGCUCAGGGUGAGAGUGGAGGGCUGACAGGGAAUGACAUCACUCAGACGGAGAUUCAGUCUGAGAUCCUGGGUGUCAAAUCAACCAGUGAUCAGACCAACAUCAGCCCUGACAUCUGGGCUGAGCUGAAGGAGCUGAGAGACAUGGCCAUCCAACACAGUGUGGAGCUGACGAACAGCAAGAGCAAGAUGGAGAAGCUGGAGCAGGAGAAUACAGCCAUACAGACCAGACUGACAGCCAGUGAAUGGAAGAAUGCAGUUUUGGAAAAUGUGGUCAAAGAGCUCCAGGGAGAGAACGCAGUGUUGGAGGCCAGAAUGAACGCCAGUGAAAACGAGGUGGAGGAGCUCAAGAGACAGAAUGCAGAUAUGAUGGCCAGAUUGAAAAUCAGUGAAACCGAGGUGGAGGAGCUCAAGAGACAGAAUGCAGACCAACCAAAGGUGGCGUUCUCACUUGGUCUCACUGACAAGGGACAAGUUGGACCCUUCAAUACUGACAUCACACUUAAGUUCAGUAAAGUCUUCACCAACUUUGGUCAGGUCUACAGUCCAUCUACAGGUCUCUUCACAGCCCCAGUCAGAGGAGCCUACUACUUCUCAUUCAAUACAAUAGAUAUCCGCUCUGAUAUAAGCUUGUUGGUUUAUCUCUAUCACAAUGACAAGAGAGUGUUGGCCAUUCAUAAUUACAGUUCAAAUGGCUCGGCAAGUGUUUCUAAUUCACUGGUUCUUCAGCUGGAAAAGGGGGAUGAGGUCUACCUGCUUUUACCUGCUGGCGAGGCUGUAUACGAUGAUCCUGCUCAUCAUACUUCCUUUAACGGAUUUCUGCUUUUUCCACUGUGA